CAUCAUUAGCAGGAUUUAGCGUUCAUCUGCAGGCUAGACGUGGAUGUGGCAGAAACUCGUCUUCAGUGUUCAUCUAUCAUGGAGCCAUCGGGUUGGAGAGACGCCUCAACAAGAAAUCUGACCCAUGAUUUGGACUCAGAUAACCAGACCUACUUCUCCUGCUACAACCCCCUGGUGGUUGAAUACCGUUACUUUGCCGUGCUGUGGGGGUGCCUUGUCACGAUCACUGGCACCGUGGGGAACCUGAUGACCGUCCUGGCCUUCGCCACUGACCCGUGCAUCCGGACCCGCUUCAACGUGCUGAUCGUCAACCUGGCGCUGGCCGACCUGCUGUACUGCGCGCUGCUGCAGCCCGUCACCACCGACCUCUACCUGCACCUGCGCUGGCGAGGCGGCGCGCUGGGCUGCCGGGCCUUCGGCCUGCUCCAAUUCGUCUCCAACGCCGUGUCCGUCCUCACGCUCUGCCUGAUCGCCGUGAGCCGCUACCUCCUGGUGCAGCGGAGGUCCACCUUCGAGCGGCUCUUCUCCGCCCGCGGCCUGCUGCUCCUGCUGCCCUCCACCUGGGCCCUGGGCCUGGCCAGCUUCUGCCCGCUCUGGCCCGUGUACGUCUUCGUGCCUCUGGUCUGCACCUGCAGCUUCCACCGGACGCGGGGCCGCCCCUACACCACCAUCCUGCUCUUCCUCUACUUCUUCGCGGGGCUGUUCUGCAUGGGCGUCUUCUACCUGCUGAUCUACCGGAGGGUCCGCCUGGCGGCCCGGGCCGUCCUCCGCUACCGGCCCAGCCGCCGCUCCUCCAGGAAGAGGGUCGCUCCGGCGGACGGCACGGAGGACGACAGAGGCGUCAGCAGCGGAUGGGCCCCCACGUGCACCAGUGAGGUCGACAGCCAGGGGGAACCACCCGCACGCAGGGCCGGAUUCACGUGGUACAAGGAGCCGGGGGAACCACAGCCGACUCGCUCUGCCCUGGACUCGCACACGGCCAGGGCAAGGUCCUCCCCAGAGGAGCCGGCCACCACCCUGUCAGCCACCACCCCUCCGGCUUUGACCCCACCAUCUACGACCCCGCCACCAACGUCCUUUCCGUCCGCCUCCCCUCCAUCUAAGACCCUUCUGUCCACCUCCCCUCCAUCUAAGACCCCUCCGUCCACCUCCCCUCCAUCUAAGACCCCUCCGUCCACCUCCCCUCUGUCUACGACCCCUCCAUCCACGACCCCCCCCCGUGCGACCCAGAGCUCCGGGGGCGACGAGUUGAAGCGGGUGACCCGAAUGUGUUUCGCCGUCUUCCUGUGUUUCGUGUUCUGCUUCGUCCCGUUCCUGCUGCUGAACCUGGCCGACCAGGGGGGCCGCGCUCCGCAGAUCCUCCACAUGUUCUGCGCCAACCUGACCUGGCUCAACAGCUGCAUCAACCCGCUGCUCUACGCAGUGAUGAACCCCCAGUUCCGCCGGUCCUACCAGCUGCUGCUCACCAGGGCCUUCUCGCCCCUGGGCCGUCUCUGGAGGGCCCUGAGGAGCAGGUCGGCCUCCUGCUAGUCCUCCAUGUCUGUAGACUUAUGCCGCUUUUCCACCGCACAUGUAGCUCGACUCGACUCGACACGGUAGCAGCACGGGUCAUUUUCCACCGCAAAUAGUACC